AUGGCCUCAAAAUCAGAGAGUAGAACGGGGUCGUCAUCGACAGAAACAUUCACCAUCCACUAUUUUGCGACCGCAUCCCAAUACACUUCCAAAAACACCGAGCGUCUCCCCGCACCCCUACCUUUGUCCGAGCUAUACCCGCUGCUCGAGGAACGAUACCCGGGCAUUCGCGAGAAGAUACUGAGCAGCUGCGGUAUCAGCCUUGAAAGUGAAUAUGUCGAUGUCGUGGAAGACGCCCAGAAGGUGAUACAGGCCGGGGACGAGGUUGCGAUUAUCCCGCCCGUCAGCUCGGGAUAG